UAUUGAUUGACCAUAGGUCUUAUAGUGAUGAGCCAAUGCUUACGAUACAGCAUACAUCGUCCACGAAACUUAACUGUGCUGGUGUCACGGCAGGUCACUGUGUUUAUGCUCCGUACCAACUGGUAGCACACAAGCUAGGUCGACGAGAGACGAAGCAUCGCAUCUACCAUCACGAAUUCAGCGAGACGUGGUUUUUCGCCGGCAUCAAUUCCUCAUUGCCGCAAAGUUCCUCUGUCCCGGGUGGGUCGCAUAGAAGUCGCUUGCGCUUGACGCCAUCUGUCCAAAAAUGGUUGCCCCAAGUGGGACGUAUGAUGCCCUCACCUUUCCUGUCGCCUUGCCCAAAUCGGUAGUAAUGGCAAUGCUGCCGGACUGGCUUCAAAACGCCUUCCUCCCGAUCCCAGAGCAAGUGUAUGACUCUCUGUGCCUGGAGCGCAAGACUUCCGACGGUGAAGAUACGCACAUCAUCGUCCUGCAACUUGGGUAUCAGCACGGCACUGGCGUAGGGCCCUCGAUCAUACAUAUGAGCUUCCACGAGGCCAAGAUCGACAUUCCGUAUCUCAAGCAUUGGCACCGCAAGCACAUUGAGUCAGAUGCGAUCCCUUUUGUAUACAAGCAGGUCAUCAUCUUCUCGUCACGCUUGCUCCAGAUUAGCGGUCUGGUGAUCCCGGGUUCACGGUCGUUGCUUGGAGCGUUCGGGCCCGACCAGACACCAUCUUCCUACGGUCAUGAUCCGAGCUCAAUGGAAUACAACAUCAAAGAUCUUCUUGAGGCUGAGUUCACAAGAGAGGACCAGACGCAAGAUGCGGAUUCGAGAUGGCCUGAAGUCAAGCGAUUGAUCGAGAUGCCUUGGUUCGGCGGCAAGACGGGGAAAGCUGCUGUGGAGUUUCACUUCCAAUGGGACAGCGAAGAUGCCUUGCCUGUGAAAGCAUACCAUGUUGAAACGACACUUACGCCAAAGUUCCUUGGUAUCGAUAGCGAGGCAAACCAAUCUAUUCAGGUAUCGACGACAGCUUGGAGAUUCAAGGCUCCGUUUUCCGGUGUCGAACAAGGCGCGGAUGGGUAUUGAGUGCCAAAAGUGAAGCUCGUUCCGCAAUUAGUGUAUUUAUAAACAUUCCCUCUAUGAAACAUGCUUAGCAUGUGCUGCGAUUAGCACCUUC